CUUAAGCAGAGCCAUCAUCGACAAGACGAGAAGCAUAGCAAAAACACACACAAGCACACACUAACGCUCACAGAGAGAUGGACUCGUUUUCAGCCCCCACCAGUGGGCCAUCGUCGCAGCUGUCGCCGGAGGAUUUCAUGGGCCAGCUCAAGACUCAGCUUGCCCAGGCUUAUGCUGAGGAGUUCCUCGAGACUGUAAGAGGGAAGUGCUUUGACAAGUGUAUCACCAAACCAGGGAGUAGCCUGAGUGGGAGCGAGAGUAGUUGCAUCUCCAGGUGUGUGGAUCGCUACAUCGAGGCUACUGGCAUAAUUAGUAAAGCUCUAUUCAGUGCACCACGUUAGACAUUUGAAACAGAACAUUUUUUGAAGAACACUCAAGCUGUGAAAUUUUACGUUGGGGGGGAAAAUUCAUGGGGAAGCCUAGAGGAUGUCCUGUACUGUUUUCAAUACUCAUUAUAAUGAGUGAGGAUAAUAUAAUUUGUGAACGUUAAGGUCAACGAUAUGAACAUCGUGCCUGUGUUUUUAGCUGAUGUUGGGGUACUAUUUUAUUGUUGGAUAAUAAAUUUAUGCUGAAAUUAUUUUAAGCAUUGGUAAAAG